CCUUCAUACACACACUCACCUGGACCUGACAGACCUCCAGCCUCACCUGGACUCCGUCAGGUCACCCGUCUGUGGGUCCUGCACUUGUCACCUGUGUGACGUUAAUGACGCUGCGGUUUACCUGCGGACUUAACUGCCGUUAGCUGAGAGGCUAACUGAGCUGAACCUGCAGACUGAACUCUGGGGAGAAAAACUCUCAUAUACUGUCUGUUUGAAUUAAAACUCCGAGUUCAGCUCUUACCUGACAGUGCGUUCGAGGCCCCUUCCCCCCCGUGUCCCUGCAUUGCCAUGGCGACCUUCCCAGAGUACAUCGCUCAGAACGAGGAGCGGGAUGGCGUGCGGUUCAGCUGGAACGUCUGGCCCUCCAGCCGGUUGGAGGCGACGCGGAUGGUGGUGCCAGUGGCAGCUCUGUUCACCCCGCUGAAGGAGAGACCAGACCUGCCCCCGAUCCAGUACGAACCGGUUCUCUGCAGCCGUGCCACUUGCCGUGCAGUGCUCAACCCCCUCUGCCAAGUGGACUACAGAGCCAAACUGUGGGCCUGUAACUUCUGCUACCAAAGGAACCAGUUUCCUCCGUCCUACGCUGGGAUCUCUGAGGUGAACCAACCUGCUGAGCUGCUUCCUCAGUUCUCCACCAUCGAAUAUGUGGUCCAGCGGGGUCCUCAGAUGCCGCUGGUCUUCCUUUAUGUGGUGGACACCUGUAUGGAGGACGAGGACCUCCAGGCUCUGAAGGAGUCUCUGCAGAUGUCCUUGUCUCUCCUGCCUCCAACCGCGCUGGUUGGACUCAUCACCUUUGGACGCAUGGUCCAGGUCCACGAGCUCGGCUGUGAGGGGAUCUCCAAGAGCUACGUCUUCAGGGGGACCAAGGACCUGAAUGCCAAGCAGCUGCAGGAGAUGCUCGGUCUGAGCAAACCUUCAGCUACCCAGGGACGAGGACCUCAAACUGCACAACAGCCUCUGUCCAACAGGUUCCUGCAGCCGGUGCAGAAGAUCGACAUGAACCUGACUGACCUGUUGGGGGAGCUGCAGCGUGACCCCUGGCCGGUCACUCAGGGGAAGAGACCUCUGCGCUCGCUGGGCGUCGCCAUGUCCAUCGCUGUCGGUCUGCUGGAGUGCACUUUCCCGAACACCGGCGCUCGGAUCAUGACGUUCAUCGGCGGCCCGGCGACACAGGGUCCCGGCAUGGUGGUGGGAGACGAACUGAAGAUUCCCAUCAGGUCCUGGCACGACAUCGAGAAGGACAACGCCAAGUUUAUGAAGAAAGCCACCAAGCACUACGAGUCUCUGGCUAACAGAGCGUCCACUAACGGUCACAUCAUCGACAUCUACGCCUGCGCUCUCGAUCAGACCGGCCUGCUGGAGAUGAAGUGUUGCGCCAACUACACUGGCGGCUACAUGGUGAUGGCCGACUCUUUCAACACGUCUCUGUUUAAACAAACCUUCCAGAGGGUUUUCACCAAAGACGUCCAGGGGUCUUUUAAGAUGGCCUUCGCCGCCACGUUGGAGGUCAAGACGUCCAGAGAAAUCAAAGUAUCCGGAGCAAUCGGACCCUGUGUGUCUCUGAACGCUAAAGGACCCUGUGUCUCUGAGAACGAGAUCGGUACUGGAGGAACGUGUCAGUGGAAGAUCUGUGGUUCGGAUCCCAGCACCACACUGGCUCUUUACUUCGAGGUCGUCAACCAGCAUAACGCUCCGAUCCCUCAGGGCGGCCGUGGAGCCAUCCAGUUUGUGACUCAGUACCAGCACUCAUCAGGACAGAGACGGAUCAGAGUCACCACCACCGCCAGGAACUGGGCGGACGCUCAGACUCAGAUUCAGAGCAUCGCGGCGUCUUUCGAUCAGGAGGCGGCGGCCAUCUUGAUGGCGAGGCUGGCGGUGUACCGUGCGGAGACGGAGGAGGGGCCGGACGUCCUCAGAUGGUUGGACAGACAGCUCAUCAGGCUGUGUCAGAAGUUUGGAGAUUAUCACAAAGACGAUCCGAACUCCUUCAGGUUCUCUGAGACCUUUUCCCUCUACCCUCAGUUCAUGUUCCACCUGCGGCGCUCUCCGUUCCUGCAGGUGUUCAACAACAGUCCAGACGAGAGUUCAUAUUACAGACAUCAGUUCAACAGACAGGACCUGACUCAGGCUCUCAUCAUGAUCCAACCUGUGUUGUACGCCUAUUCCUUCAACGGACCACCUGAGCCGGUCCUGUUGGACAGCAGCAGCAUCCUGCCAGACCGAAUCCUCCUGAUGGACACUUUCUUCCAGAUCCUCAUUUACCACGGAGAGACUGUCGCUCAGUGGAGGAAGGCCGGGUAUCAGGACAUGCCCGAGUAUGAAAACUUCAAACACCUCCUUCAGGCUCCGGUGGACGACGCUCAGGAGCUGCUGCACACUCGCUUCCCCAUGCCGAGAUACAUCGACACCGAGCACGGAGGCAGCCAGGCUCGUUUCCUGCUCUCCAAAGUCAACCCCUCCCAGACCCACAACAACAUGUACACCUGGGGACAGGAGUCUGGAGCUCCCAUCCUGACAGACGACGUCAGUCUGCAGGUGUUCAUGGAUCACCUGAAGAAACUGGCCGUCUCCAGUGCCGCCUGAGCUCACCUGUCCUUACCUAACCUGCCUGCAUUAUGUUUACUGUUUUGUUUUUGCAUUUGCUGCCUGAGUUCCCGUCACCCGUCAGCCAAAUAGCAGCAGGUUUAGAGCAAUGACAGCCAGUAGUGACGUUAGUUUUAAACCCUGAGUGGAGACUGCCAGGUUAUAGCUCUGCUACACAAAGUUAUAUUUUUUGACUUAUCGUUGAGUUUCUGGACAUGUUUACAUGCCCGGGCUCCUAAAAGAGUGUGGCUGAAACAAUGUGAGGAGAAGAAGUUUGUUAGAAAUGACUGACACUUGCAGACACAGUCUAACGUAACAUAAUCCAGCGUGUGAUGAGAAGUAAGUGGACAAAGCUUCAUUUUCCAGGACCGGAUCAGCAGUUUUACAUGCUUCAGCCCGUUUAUACAGUAUACUUCACCUCACAGCUUCAGGUAACAUUUGCUGUCAUUUUACAGUUAUCUACUUCUACUCUGUUAGUUAUUCAGUAUCCUUGUUAUAUUUAAAACUGAUCCCUUCAGUCAAAUGAAGUCACAGAACAAUUAACGGUCGGCAUUAACCUCAAAUACAGUUUUUUCCGGAGUUGCUUCACAAUAAAAGCCUCGGUGUGAUUUGCCUAUGUAAAGCUUUUAAUGUGAAGCAGCAGAGGGAACAGUCUCAGCACAGCUGCGGAUUAAUUUUCUGAUUGGUGAAAAUGAUCAAUGAUCAAAACUGCUGCAGGUUAAUUUUCUGGCUCAACUAAUUAACUAAUUAAUCGGCAAAUCGUUUCAGCUUUAAUUUUUUUUUUAUCUGCUGUUUCAGGAAUCCAUUGGUUUCCAUUUACUUCUAUUAGAUAUGAGAAUCUAUUGUGUAAGUCAAGUCUGCAUUUUUAUUUUUUAAAAUUAUUACAUUACUGUAGUGAAAUAAUACACUGCAGACUGUUAAAUGCAGUGACUUGAAGAAGUGUUUUAUACCCGAAACCAGAAGUAUGAAAAACACAUUCAGAAAUUGAAAACCGAACAGUUUGGAUUUGAACACAGUCAGUUGUUGUUGUUGUUGUUGUUGUUGUUGUUGUAAAGGAGGUAAAACUCGGCGCACUGGUUUGGUUCUUCCUGUUUGUCACCAGCAGGUGUCAGGCUUCACACAGGUGUGUGUUUGUUACCAUCUUGAAUCAGCAGACAGGUCACUGCUUCUCUAUGCUGAUCUUUCUGUUUGUUUUCAUUUGUUCCAACCAAUUUUUAAAAAAAAGGCAGGAAAAGCAGAGCAUCGGGGGUCGUCCCUUUGCUACUGGUCAUCGUCUCUCUCUCCCCUGCCUUUCCCGUCUUUCACUCUCCACCAUCACUAUCGAGGAAAGCAGAAAAUUCAAAAACUUAUCUUAAAAAGGAGAGAGAGGAGUCAGACUGUUUACGCACAGAUUUAAAAUGCAUUAAACAUCCGUCGGAGACAGAAAAUUCAACAGUUCAGUCGAUGAAAACGACUUUUAUUCAGUCGCUCAGUUUAUUCACUUUUACUUUCUGUCUGUCGCUGAUGUGAGAUCAGAUUGUCUCAGUCAGAAAAUAACAAGCAAACAAGAAAAACAAGCAAAGUUGUGAAAACCAGAGUCUGAUGGAAAGUUGGGCUCAUUUUGAAAAUGUGUCGAUCACGAAACUUGUUUUGACUUUGUGUUUCGGUGUCUUAUGCUUGUAUGCAGCAGCUGUUUGGUGUAAAACAUUUGAAGUUGAGAUCAGAUUUCUGUGAUUUCUUGUUCAGCAGUGAUAUUUCUCCAUAAGUUAUCAUUUCCAGUGUGAAGAGAAGCUUGUCCACUUACUUCAUCUGCUGAGUCUCUGAUCUGCGGACGACUGUUGGUGUUUGUUUGUUGAGUUUCUCUUUAAAGCCGUCGAACACUUGACUUCUGUCUUUAUUCUCAUGUUUCUAAUAAAACUCUGCUGUGGAGAAGUU